AUGUCUCAUGAUAUAGCCGCCGCGAUUGUCGCCCUGGCCGUGAAGCAGGAGCGAGAAGCGCUUCAGAGCAAUCUGUUUAAGCUCACGGUGCGUGUCACCAACAGCGCGCUGUUGACGGGUGACUACGAUGACAUCAGCUUCCUGGAGCUCGCCUCAACCGCCCGCACCUGGCUGGCCGCCCGCGGCCCCGGCGGCGCGCCGCUGCUGUCGGCGGGCGCGGGGGCCGGGGGGCAGGGCGGCGCGCUCGCGCUGGCCGUGGGGGGCGGCGGCGCCGCGGACGCGGCGGUGCGGUGGUACCUGCGGGCCGAGCUCAUGGACCUCAUGCGGCGUGUAGACUCGGCUCACUCUGCCGCAGUCACCGCCUUCUCGCGCGGUGCCACGGGGCCCGACGGCCCCGGAAUUGACGGGCCCGGCGCGGGUGCUGGCGGCGCGGCGUGCCCGCGCAUGAGGGAGAUGGCGAUGGUGAUGGAGCGGGUCAUGGUCACGCCCCCUACCACGGCACCAAACAGCCACAAGGGUGGGGCAGGUGGAGCGGGGCAGCAGCAGCAGCAGCAGCAGCAGCAGCAGCAGCAGCAGCAGCAGCAGCAGCAGCAGCAGCAGCAGCAGCUGGUGUUGAUGCGCCACCGCGUGAUCCUCAGCAGCGCCAAGGCUGCACUCAGCGACGAAUCCAAGCACGAGCUGGCCGCGGCACAGGGCGUCGAGUUUGUUAUGGCGGCGCUGGGGCUGCUGGCCACCUGGCGGCCAGCGGCGGCCGUGGCAGGCGCCGGCACCCUCUCCUGUUGGCAAUGA